CCUUUCGCACCCGUUUCUCUUUCAGAUAGCAACUUGUCUUGUAUUUCUAGUAUAAACUUUACAAAUUCGUGUGUUGAGGCCGACCUAACAUUACAAAGUGGUUUUAACUAAAGAAAGAUGCGGGAAAUAAGUGAAGGUACGUUUAAAGAUGUUAAUAAAGUAAAAAAAUUGUGGUUUUACUGGAUUGCACGUGGUCAUAUUUUGAUAUCUUCUGUAAAAUGACAAAAAUUUUCUGCAAAAUAAUUAAAGGACGAGAUGCAGUUUGUGAGAAUCAGUAUCGAGGAAGGUACAAAACAAUGUGUUAAUAUCUCUAGUCUUCCAAGGGAUUCAAAGCAAAGGCACGUGACUAAAGUUACGACCGCUAGAUGGCAGUAGAUCCAGACUAAGUAUUCUUUCAAGAUGGCGAUGAACCGUGCCGACAAAUCCCCGAAACCGUUAAAAAAUCAAGUUCCUCAGGCAGAAUAUGACAAAAAGGCAACUGAGCUGGAAGAGGAACUCAAACAUCUUUCAGAAGACCAAGUUCCGAAUAUAAAGCAAUGUAUUGAAGAAGAGAUUAAAAAACUACGCAGUGGCUUGAAAUUUUAUAACGAAUUUCUUGAAGUACAUCACAAUGAUUUGACUCGUUACGUAGCUCGUGUAGCUAUUCCAGCUGACCAAUAUCCACAGUUCAACUUUUUGGGAAAAUUAUUUGGUCCUGGAGGAAAUACGUUAAAAAAAAUUUCUACUGAAUCUGGUUGCAAAGUACACAUUCUCGGAAAAGGUUCGACACGAAAUAAAGACAGAGAGAUGGAGCUUGCAAAAGAAGGGGGUGGCCAUGCUCAUUUCAAUGGUCCAUUACAUGUGUUCCUCGAGUCAACAACAGCGGCGCCUGAAGAUGCUUUCAAUAGAUUCGCUUCCGCAUUAGCAGAAAUGAGAAAAUAUAUUAACCCUUCAAAUGAAGAUGGAAUUUUAGCCGAACAAUUACAAGAACUUAAAACAAUGAAAACUCCUCCAUCCAGAGGGCGAGGACGCGGUUCGCCUCAACCUGUUAGAGGUGGCGGUGGUGGAGGAGGAGGUGUUGGAGGUGGUGGCGGUGGCGGCGGCGGCGGCGGCGGUCAUCCUCAUCAUCAUCAUCACCACCCGCCUCCUCCACAUCAUCCCCCUUUUGGUCGAGGAGGACAACAAAGAAUGCACCCUGGAAGAGGAGGGCACCAACCAAUUCAACACCCGCCACCAAUUCCUAGAAUGGAGAAACCGUGUCCUCCACCAAGGCAUAUGCCGCCGCAGAUUAGGGAGCCCUACGGACAACCACAAAAUGCAUAUCCAUACGAAGAGCAGUAUAAUCACGAAGAAGAUUACCGUGGACAAGCUAGCUAUAGUCAAAAUACUUAUGGUAAUAAUAAUUCGAAUUAUGGACCAAAUAACUCAGAGCCCAACGAAGAAUAUGGCAUGAACUAUGGUUAUGAUAAUCGACAAAAUUUUGGUAGAGGCGGUGGCGGUGCAGGAAUGCAGGGUCCAGGACCAGCCCCUGGCCCUGGCCCAAAUCCAGGUCCAGGCGGUGAUUAUGACGCUGCAGGAAAAUACGGUGGGGCUCCGUGUAGAGGAAAAGGAAUGAUAAGGCAACAUCCCUACGGAAGAGGAAUGGGAGCAGCAAUGGGCGGAAACGACCAAAGGCAUUGGUAG